AGGAGCAGUAAGUGCAGAUAGCUUAAAGCUAACGUUAGCUAUCAUCACAUAAUUAACCCCGAUUUGGGGCUUGAUUCAGUCAUUGGUUUGCUAGCUUGUUCAAGGCUGGCUUCACUCGCCAAACAUGCAGAAAUAUGAAAAGCUUGAAAAAAUUGGAGAAGGUACGUAUGGGACAGUUUUCAAGGCUAAAAACAGAGAGACCCACGAAAUUGUGGCUUUGAAAAGGGUCAGGUUGGACGACGACGACGAGGGGGUGCCAAGUUCUGCUCUGAGAGAAAUCUGUCUUCUGAAGGAACUUAAGCAUAAAAACAUUGUCAGACUACAUGAUGUUUUGCACAGUGACAAGAAGUUAACCUUGGUUUUUGAAUAUUGUGAUCAGGAUUUGAAGAAGUAUUUUGACAGCUGCAAUGGGGAUCUAGAUCCAGAAACUGUGAAGUCAUUCAUGUACCAGCUGUUGAAAGGCCUUGCUUUCUGUCACAGUCGAAACGUUCUUCACAGAGACCUGAAGCCGCAGAAUCUCCUCAUAAACAGAAACGGGGAGCUGAAGCUUGCUGACUUCGGGCUGGCUCGAGCCUUUGGCAUUCCUGUGAGGUGUUACUCAGCAGAGGUGGUGACAUUGUGGUACCGGCCUCCAGAUGUGCUGUUUGGUGCUAAACUUUAUUCUACCUCAAUCGACAUGUGGUCUGCUGGAUGCAUAUUUGCAGAGCUGGCUAACGCUGGAAGGCCGUUAUUCCCCGGGAACGAUGUGGACGACCAGUUGAAAAGAAUCUUCAGAUUGUUGGGUACGCCAACUGAAGAGCAGUGGCAGACAAUGACGAAACUCCCGGAUUACAAGCCAUAUCCCAUGUAUCCAGCCACCACCUCACUGGUGAAUGUGGUCCCCAAACUAAGUAGCACAGGACGGGAUCUUCUCCAGAACCUGUUAAAAUGUAACCCAGUCCAGAGGAUCUCUGCAGAAGAGGCCUUGCAGCACCCUUACUUUGCCGAUUUCUGCCCACCCUAAAUGCUAAAUUGCCUCUCGCUGAACCUCAGCCGCAGAAUCAAUCAUCCUUCACUCUGUUGGGUCAUUAGGACCAGUCCCAACAAGGCAAAUCCCUCCUGGUUUUCAAACACUCCCCUGCUUUAAUUCUGCUGUGCCUCUGUGUGGAACAAAGUCCUAGUGGCUCUGCAAGCUUUUAGGUUCUUUUAAGUUGCAAGCCUGUUUAAUUUGGAACAUAUACGUCUCCCAGUUAAUUAGCACUAAUGUGGGAGGGAGCAUUAUGUGUUGCAUUGAAAUGGUCGUCAAAGCCCCUCUGCUCUGAAAGACUGAAAGUUAACGAGCUGUUUCUUCCAUUUUAAUAGUUGAUCACGAAUGAAAAUUGGCCCUUUGAAUCUGUGUCGACCUCAUUUGGUGAAUUCAUUUUGGAAACAUGAAAUUCAAAGUGUUAGCACACGCUGCAUCAGUUACCCAAACAGCCUUUCUAACGGUCUGGUUUCUGCUGCUGGUGUAAUGUGUCAGCAAAGCAGUUUUGUCAGUUUGUUCCAUUAAUAGAAGUCUUGGCGUCGGUGGAGACUGCAGCUACGCUGAUAAAGGAGUUUUGAUGCCAAUAUUGAUAUGAGUUUAGAAAAUGUGGUGAUGAUUUAUCAGCCAAUAUUUUUUUUUUUUUUCCAUAAACACUGAGCGUAAACACAUUUUUGAUGAGGAUCACUUACAUUUGGUUAUUAAAGCAUUCUGCAGUUUGUUGGUACUUAUUAGCCUCAAUAUACAGCAGGACUGAUAAUCUGUCAGAAGUGAAUAUCCGCUGAUAUAUUGGUGCUAGUGGAGACCACAGAUUCCUGGGGCAGCUAAUACUACAAUGUUGCUUAAUUAAAUGGAUUGAUUAGGCAGUUUUAGCAAUUCAUUUGGAAAUAGUGAAGGCUUAAGUCAAUGUUUCAUUUUUUUUUUUUUUUUUUUGGACUGUAUGUUAUUUUUGUGACAUGGUUUUUACAGGUCUGUUAUUCCUAGGGACAUGUAACUACUGCAUGUCAUUUGGUACAAUUCCUUUAAGACUUUCUCUAAUUGAAUCUGAGUAAAUAUUCAUAAAUGAGUCAUUUUCCACAUAUAAAAAUUGUAAACAAAUUUCAAGUUUUUGCAUGUUCACCUGAUCAUUUGCACUGACUCUCGAGGCAACACUGGCUGUUCAUUAGAAAUGGUUGAUUGGAAGUGCACCAAUAGAACACUGUCUAUGUUUUCCCUGCAGUUAGUACAUACUUGCCUGGAAACUUCCCAGGAUAUUAUAAGGAAUUACAGACCUGUAAAAUACACAGUUACCGUUUGUUUUUUCUCCUUAAAGACCAUAACAUACUUGUAAUACUGAUGUUUCACAUACCAACAGUACAAGUCUUUGUCCCACUACCUAUUACAAGAUUGUAUCAUAGCAUGGGAAGCUAAUUUAUAAUUUUCUUUGUUCUCAGGCUUUUUAUUUCCCCUUUUGUAUUUGUCUUUUGUGCACUUUGUAACUGACAGUAUUUUAAAUUGUUUAGUUAUCAACAUUAUGAAAUAUGUUGAACACUGACAGCCAGGAUUAUAGCCGGUUAUCAAUAAAUGGGCCAAUGCGCAUAUAUAUAUAUAUAUAUAUAUAUAUAUAUGAGACACGCGUUAAUGACUAGUGGACCAUUAGUGACAUGUAUGGGUUUUUUUUUGACAUCUUUAUCAUUAUGCUAAUUUUUCAUUAUACUAACUUUUAGCUUUUUUUUAAUAAAUGCUUUUGUAACAGUUAAAUUAGAAAAAAAAUCCACUGAUAAUCUGUAUUUUCACGAUUGUUUUGCACCAUUAGCUGUUUCCAUUUUUUUUUGUUACUUAUAUUAACAUGGUUAACAGCUUGCAGUUAUUUUACUCCUGUAUGAUUAGCUCUUUGAAGUAUCUGUUAAUAGGGAAAGGAUUUAUUUUCAUUUUGCCGAUGUAAGACAACAAAAUGGAUGCAUGUAUUUAUUAAUGAUGGAAUGUCUGCACAUGUUUUUUGCAUUUGUUUAAAUGUGGCACAACUUCAUUUGGUACAGAAACUCUCCUUUUGAAUGAAGAUUUAAUGAUGCGGGGCUCUUGAGCAUUUAUCUGGCUGUUUUUAGGAUUCAAAACGUUUGAAUGUUGUGUGUCUGCGCGUGAGUGUGUGGAUUAAGUUAAAAUGAAAAAACACAAAAGCAUCUGCUCUCAGUAUUUCAUUAUCUUGUGGUAACAGGACAUUUCAGGCCAACUGCUGUAGACUUGCUUUAUACAGCUUGAAUUUUAAUUUUGAAUGAGGAGUGGAUUUUGCACUUUGCUAGUAUAUUUGCUUUGGUUGGUAGAAAUUGGGACAGAUGUCAGUGAUUCUUUCUGUGUAUUUUUCAGCCAGUACGACAUAAAUACAUGUUUGCUUUUCAAAUUGGAAAUUCAUUCUUGACCUUGGAAACAGUAGUUGACAAAACACGUCUCACCGAAAAGUCCAUUUAGUGGCUGUUCUGGAUCUUUUGGUCAUAUCACACGAUCUUCCUCAUCAGGUGGAGUCUGCCCAGCUGUCCUGGAAAAGUAGAUGUUCAAAUUUUCUCACUCAUAUUGUCUUAAAAAUUGAGAUUAGAUGUUCAUUCUCACCAAAUCUGUAGUUGACAACAUAAAUUCGCCUUGAGGUCCAUUCUCUUAGGGUCUUUUAUUCGUAUCCAUGACAACUGGGCAAACCCAACCUGCUGAGAACGACCACGAUGCGAGUGAGAGCUCCAGAACAGCUGCUAAAUAGACCUUAGUGGUGAGAUUCAUCCACAAGUCACCUACUUCAGCAUUUUGGGAACGUCUUUAUUAGAUCUAUGACAACCAUGUUCUAAAUAGUAAAAAUAAAACAAAUCCAGCAGA